CCUACUUAUCCGCGCAGCCGAGAAACCCUGGUAUUUUUCACCUUUUUUAUGGGAACCCCGAUGUGAUUCAACUAACAAAACUUGCAGUUAGAGAGGGAAUUACACGCAGAACAUUAUAACACCAAUCAAUCAUGAACACUCUAAUGGAUUUCUUCACAAUCUGAGGGAAAUCAUUUCGUUACGCGGUGCAAAACUUCUCGGUCAGCCAUUUGGGAAUGCCACGUCAAGAAGGGGACGAUAUUUCUCCUCAGAAGAGGCAACUAGAAAAGGAAGAUGGUGAAUCCGCCGAAGAUCAAGUCAGUAAAAGGGCCAGGACAUCAGAUUUGGCCAAGACUGGAGGUGCCAACCAACAGAGUGAGGGGACAGUCAUUCCAGUAUAUGUAAAUGUAAUACCCACGACUGUUACAGAAAUUGAGAAUUAUGCUGCAUCAGAACAGCUUUUUGCGGCCCCAAUCUCUGUUUACCAUGAAGCUAGUGGCUCCAUUGAAGUGCAUGGCAUUUCUGGAAAAAAGGGUGGCAAUUAUGUCGAGACUGGGGAAGAGCCAGAGAGAAGGGAAAGAACUCUUUCCACAUCUUCAACUCCAGAACAGAGGAAUAGAUCACUUGAAGCAUUGUUUAAGGUCACAGACAAUGAGCUACAGGCCAUUGCCCAGCAACCCCCUGGAGACAGCCAGCAUUUACCUGUAGUGGUUCAUGUUGGUGACCAAGCACAGGCUGUGAUAGUAAUAGAUAACAGCAUUCAGGAGAGGGAGGAGAUGAUUGGUGAAUAUGAGGAGGAAGAAGUCAAGGAAGAAAAUUCAGAGACAGAUUCUGAUGUUGAAGAUGGAGAUGAUCAGGAUGCCUGUGCUGAGCAUGAGAAACAUUCCAACUCUCGUCAGUAUGCAAACAUCGAAAGGAUUUUGAACAAGGCAGGUAUAGACACUAAGUCUAAGGGCUGGAUGAAUCUGACGCGACCUGGAAAGCACAUCUGUCCGUAUUGCCAGCGGACAUGCUCCAAACCUAGUGUGUUGGAAAAACACAUCCGCGCACACACUGGCGAGCGACCUUAUCCUUGUCUUGUCUGUGGAUUUUCAUUUAAGACAAAGAGUAAUUUGUACAAACAUUGUAAAUCCAGAGCACAUGUGUUGAAGAGAAACUUGGAGCUGAAGAAACAUAAACUGCAGCAGGAAAACUCUGCUGGGUUGGUGUCUUCUGAAGGCAAGGCGGAAGGUGAGACAAGUGGUGACAUUCUUGCACAUAGGGGCGUCAAUAACCCUGACCUCUUUCCUGAAUAUGAUCUUAGUAAGAGGGGUUGUCAAAAAGAGCCGGUUCAGAGACAUGUAAUUCAAGAAGUGCUUAAAUAUUUAGAAAAAGACAAAGGUGAAAGGCCUUGUGAGGUACAGAAUGAGAAACAGAGAGCUAAAUUGGAAAGGCUUAAGUCUGUGCAAGAAAAGAAAAGCGGAUUGAAGAUUCAGAGACAGUAUAGUUUACCAAUCAUGUCCAGUAGUUCGAAGCAGCUUCCAGUUUUAGUUGAGCAUGUGACACCACAGCCACCUAUAGGAGCUUUACAGACCUUUGAUCUAGCAGGGUAUCAGACAGGUUUUGUAGGAAAUAUGGGGUCCGUUGUGAUGGCCAGUACUCCAGUGAAUCCUUCUCUCCAGCAGACCAUACAUGUUCCUAUUGCAGUGCAAGCACCGGAGGAAUUUUUAACUAGUCAUGAAGACUUGAGUGCUGAAAAAUCAGAUAAUGUUUUCUUGAAUAAAAUUGAGAUUGUGAAUUUACCAGAUCCUGACAGUGAUCCUGUUACUGCUACAAAAGCAUUGAGAGAUCUAGAAGCUUUGAGCGAAAAAUAUUCAAAGUGUCAGAAAGAUGGUGUGCAGUUGUCAACAUCUGUAAGAACUCUGCCGGAUAAGAGAGUGCAGGUUGUUAUGCAGUUAGUAGAAACUGAGGAUUCUGGCGUUUCUAUGACAGAGCAAAGACAAGCGGAAAAGUCACUGACAGAUAUACUAGCUGCUGCUCCUACGACAUCAGUAGCCAAAACGGCCUUGUCCUCAGUGUUGAAAGAAAGGAUACAGCAGAUAAUCUCAGCAAAUGAGGCAAUAAUUGAUACCCCGAAAGUUGAACCACCAAGGGCUAAAUGUUUGAAGAGAAACUUGUCAAGGCAAGACAGUGAAAUGAAGAUGGACAUGGAGACAUCAAUUUCUCUAUUACUGCCUCCAUCUGGGCCAGUAUGUUCUUAUGCUUCACAAGGAUCUUUCAGUGUAACAAGUGGGAGAAUUACUCAAACAAACCAAAGCAACAAUAGGUCAAAAAGUGUCAUUGUAGGGAAAGCCCCCAGUCAAGAACAAAUGACUGUGAUGGAAGGACCAUUGGCCACAAAAAAUGUACAGAGAAUUGAUGAAUGUAUGUUGUCUACUCCAAAUAAGAUGAGUAACAUUAUUUAUUUAACUGAUACCAGUAUAGGUUCAACUGCUGGUAAAUCAGCGACAUUGUCAAGUUACAACUCACUACAAUCUGUCGGAAAUGUUACUGCCACCUCUGGUAAAGGAGCUCUUGGCCUGAAAUUACGUUCCUGUCUGGAGUUACCAUUGACUACCACAUUUCUUCCACGCACCAAGAACCCCAUUCUUGCCUCUCAUCUAAAUAGAACCCACACAGUUUCGGCAAUAGCGAGUCCAAGUGUAACUUCAGUUAUAAUGUCCCCUAUGCCUUCUUCAGGUAUGUCCAUUAAAACUCCAAUAACACCAGCCACUCCAUCUGGUUCACAUGUGCCUGGACAGGUCGGCAAAAUGGCCUUGAAAAAUCUGCAGAUGAGAUCAAAGAGUCUGUCUAGUCUUCAAGCUACCCCGGGUCCAUUAACUCCAAGUUUAAGUGGUGAGAGAAGUUUCAAAGUUGUUCAGCAGAGUACUCCACAUCAAAUGGUUAGCAUUCCUCAGGCGAGUUUCAGCUUUGUUCAACAGUCACCUAGUGUUGUUCAACAAAUUCCUAUUCAGGCUAGUCACUUCCAACAUUUAGCUGUUCACCCAAGCCAAGUUCAGGAAAUUGCUGUUCAGCCCAAUCAAUUACAGCAAAUAAUGGUACAGUCCAGUCCUGGGGUGGUUCAACCUCAGUAUGUUUUACAAAUGCCUGUACAGGUCUCUACACCUUCAAUCCCCAUGGCUCAAGUGUUACUACCUGGAUCAACAAUGCCAGUUUUUGUCAUGCAGGAACCCCAAACUGUGCAAGCUCAAGCCAUAAUUCAACAACCCACGGUAAUAAUGCAGUCACCACAAACACCACAGCUGUCAAGAAGCUCUAGUGUGGGAUUUAUGCAGACUCCUGUUCAAACCCAAACACAAGUAAUGGGUGAAAACUUUCAAGCAAUCAGUCCGGUUCAGUUUGAAGACGAAGGGAACAGAUUGGUUGAACAUAAAUCUAAAUCAACAAGUCAGAGCUCAUCUAAAUCCAAACUGAUCCAAAAUGUGUCGUCUCACACAAUGCAUGACCCUAGAGUUCCUCAGUCGACUGACCCUAUGAAGAUUCUGUCUAAAAUUGUGUCUGACACAGUCAGUAAGCAGAAACUUGACAGUCCCGUAGGGAAAGAAGACAUGAAAGAAAUCAAGAUACAAAUUAAAUUCCCCCCUCAGCAGCCCCCCAAAAUAUCUGCCAGCCAGGUGGUGGUAUCGAAAUCACCACAUCUUGCAUCAGCAACACAAGUUCUUAAAACGUCUACACCUGGUCUAGUUGCUAAAACACAAACUAGUGUUGUUUCAUCAACAAUGUCCUCAGCAACAGUAUUAGGGCAAAGAUCUAUACGCCCAAAAAUUCUUCAAAGGCAAGACUCAGUUUCUUUUGCUACUGUUCCUUUCCUUGCUUCUCCGUCUCCACUUUCAGCUACCUUAGUGGAGCCAAAGAAGACUCCGACUGUGGCUUUUAGGUUCGAGACACCAGCUAUGAAAUCUCCAAGUGUGCCUCUAAGACUUGACUCACCAAUUGGACUAGCACCAAUCAGAGCUGAGUCCAGAAAACUAGCCCCUGGUACUCCAACUGUUUCUUUCGCACAAGUCAUAAAAUCAUUGCCACAGUCUCAAAUUGAAGGUCAACAAAUGGAGGCCAUUGCUUCCAAUCAGACUGGUUCUACCCAUCCACCAGUUUGUGUGUAUGUUCUGCAAGGAAAAUCUUCAACCAGUCAGGAAGAGGAAAGUAGCUUAAUGAAGUGUCCUUAUUGUAAUGUUUCAUUCAAGAAACCUGCUACUCUUGAACUGCAUAUGAUGUGUUAUUGUAAGAAGAGAAGAGAGAGUGAGUUCAUAAUUUCAUCAGCCAUGGGGCAAAAUGAGGAUAUCAAUAAAGACUUGGUGGCAAGACUCUUUACUCAAUCAGCCCCUGUAAAAACUGAAGAAACCAAGAUGGAAGUAAGUGAGGCAGCAAAAGUACAGUCUUUAUCAGAUUGGAAUGUAAAGGCAUCCACUUCGUCCGUAAGUAAGUGUGUAAGAUUAAAGACAAUGAAAGCAAAAACUGUUGAUGUUCCAAUUCAAAAAUCGCCAAUGAAAGAAAAAGAUUCUUGGCAGUCAAAAUUAAAAGGUCAGAUACUCAAGCGAAGGUUAAAGUUUAUGCUGAACCGAUCAAUGAGUUUUGAUGCUGGAAAGAAGAAUCAAAUAUCGAACAAAAUUGGUCUGAAGUCUAGAUUUGAUAAUGAAAACUUGUACAAAAGUCCUAUUCCCCAAAAGCAUGCAAGAUUAGUAAGGUCUUUUGAUGAUUCAGUAGCAGGCGGAAUCAGAAUACGGCGUCCUGUGUUCAAAAGAUCUGAAUCAGUGCCAGAUAUUUCUAAAGACAUGCAUGAGGAAGAAGAGGAAAGAGAGGAACCUGUCAGUAAAGAAGUUAUUAUGCAUACAAGGCCAAAAGAUGACUGGAAACUGAUAGAUGUGAAGAUACCAUUAAUGAAAGCUGAAGAUUCACCACUUGCACAAUAUGCUAUUAGACCAAUUUAUCAACAAAAUUUUAAGAUGAAAGCUUUUGCAGGGAUGGGAACCCCUCUACAGUUUCUGCCAUCAGCUACUCUUACACCAAGGCCUGAUUUGAUGGAGAUAGAUAAAGUUAAGAAAAUCUUCAUAUUUGACGCAAAGAGUCUGAAACUCAUUGCAAAAACUGACGCUGAAAAACAUCAAUCUGUUGAUGAAGAUGAAGUUAAAGUUGAACAAUCAGAUGUGAAUGGUGAAAGUAAUCUGCAAAUCCAGUCAAAGAGUCCUAAAGUUCAAAUGCCAGAUUCUGGUUCCACAUUGAAGAAAACACCUUUUCUGCAUCAAUAUUCACUGGUUGGACACACUUACCCAUCAAUGCGAAGCAUGACUCACCUAAGCUUCUGUACCAAGGAUAGACUGCAACCCAGCUAUGUUAAAGCAAGCAAGAAAGUCUCAAUGUACUCAGACUGGCGAGUUGCUCCACAAAACCCUAAUCCGUUAGGACUAGCAACUAAGACCUUGCUGUCUUUAUACAAUUCUCGCUACACUACAAAUCCAGUUUGGCUUACAAAUUGUGGGGAUGAUCCUAGAAAAAGUUUGAUCACGCACAGUAGUUAUUGGAAACACAAACAGGGAGAAGUGGAACUUGAUAAACAGAUGAUAAUUCCUGAGGAGAUUCUGAAAAAGCCUGAAAAGGGAAAACUGCUUCAAGGUGGGUUUAAGAGCGCUGAAGCUUAUGUGUAUGUUCGCGGUCGAGGUAGGGGAAGAUAUGUCUGCGAAACUUGUGGAAUUCGAUGUAAGAAACCAAGCAUGUUAAAGAAGCAUAUUCGAAGCCAUACGAAUCUGAGACCCUAUAAAUGUAAGCAAUGUAACUUCUCAUUUAAGACAAAGGGAAACCUAACUAAGCAUAUGAAGUCAAAAUCUCAUGUAAAGAAAUGCAUGGAACUUGGUAUCUAUCCUAUACCCAUGGAAGUGGAUGACACUCACAUUGAUGAAGGUGCCUUGAAGGCACAGUGUUCACUCUCAAAACAAGCAAAAAUAGUGGACAACACUAGUCAACAGAAAUCUCUCGACCUGGAAGAGGAUGGAAUUGAAGUUGUUGAAGAUGAUGUUGAGGAUUUGGAUGAUGGCGGGAGUGAUGAUGGUGAUGAUGGUGAAAUGGAUGACAGGGGGGAUAACUCCCAGAUUGGGAGUGAAGAUGGAGGAAUUGGGGAGGACGGACAUGAAGACAGUGGAGAUGUCAUGGAUGUGGACAGCUCACACAAGGAUGGCAGUACUUCAGGAUUCCCGCCCAGUGGUGCAGAAGGGGAACCAAUAAUGUCUACAGGGAACCCAUCCAUCAGCUCUGCUCCUGGGACCCUGCCUAAUCUUGGGCCUAGCUCGAUGGCGGAUUAUUCUGGGCCCAGCACUAUGACAGUUUAUCCUGGGGCUAGCACAAUGUCAUCAUUCACAGGGUCCAGCACGUUGUUCUCUGCGUCUGUUACCCAGCACCCCACUGAUUCAAGUUUGAUGACAAUCUAUGGAAAUCUGGAUCAAGGAGAAGAUGAUGCAGCAAAGAACAGUGAUGUAAUCUGGGGCCUGCUUACACUGUCCGAUCACACUGCGCAAGUCACAGGUGGUACAGCUAACCAGACAGAAACUAAAGGGGGCAAUGUUUUGGAGGAAGUGCAAAAUAUUACUUCGGCAGCUUAUAAAAGUACACCAGUUAAUUCAAGUACCAGGCCCAGUCCAGAUAGGUUAAUCCCAACAUUCCUGAGUCUGGCAUCCGGCCUUGAGAUCACAAAUCCUGUCCCUGAAAAUGGACCUAUCAUUGGCCAAAUCCUGAAGCACAUGACCCACCAAGAGAUUGACUCUAGCAGUUGUAGGACAAAGAGCAACGUACAGAGUGAAGCUGGUUUUGUACCCUUCCAUUUCCAGCAUCCGUUCCGGGGUGAUCAGAAUGCAGAAACUUCUAUGUUAACUCUUAAGGAAGACAUUGAUCAAGGUGAAGGAAACGGUCAAGUUGAAGAAAUUUCCCUAGAUAACUCAAGCUGUUCAGUAAAUAUGACUACAAGAGUAAUUACAAGUGAAAAAGUAGUUCCUGUUGAACUGAGUAAAGAUAUUUCGAAGAAGUCACAUGACACUGUCUCAGAGCAGUCUGGAACAACUUGGACACAAGAAAUAGUUCUAGAAUCUGAGAAAGAUUCUGUGGUAAUGGAUUUAGGAAGUGGAGAAACACAGCACAGGACAGUACAGGCUGAAAUUGUAGACAUUGAUCCUGCUGUGUUUUCCAGAGAGCAGUCUAAUCUAGAUGAAAGUGGUUCUGUUCAAAUCGUUGUCGCUCCAAGUGAGACAUGGAAUGAAUGUCAUCUUGUAGGAAAAUGUUCAGUUCCAGUUUCUAUACCUGAGAAGUUGGGGAAGUUUUCAUGCUCUAUCUGUAGUGCAACAUUUCCUGAAAGUCAUCAGCUCAUAUUGCAUGGUAAUGUUCACCUAUUACAAAGCAGUAGAAUUAAAUGUGAGAAGUGCAGUUUAAAGUUCAGAUCGCAUGCCUCAUAUGAGACACAUGUAAAGAAUGUCCACUCUAGUAUGGAUAAAGCAGAUGAAAGUGACCUUGACGUCACUAAUCCGCGACCCUAUUUAUGUGUACAAUGUGACAUUGCGUACAGGUCAAAAGGUCAUCUUUGUAAACACUGGAGGUCAAAGUUUCAUUUUACAAACCUGGAAAUGAAUGGUAUUCUUGAAAACGGAACAUGGGAAAAACUUAAGGACCAUUUACAUAAGCUUGACACCACUAGUGAAGGAACAUUUAUGGAAACUGUGAAGGCAUUGCUGGGUGAGGUAGAGAAAGAGAUGCAGUUGAAGCAGAAAGUUGUGGUAGAAAAUAUCCCACAGGAGUAUUUCAGUACAGACAGUAAGAUUUCUCCGUACAACCUUCCAAACGUUGUCAUGGAAACACCUCCUUUAGUGGAGGGUAGCACUUUCCAAGAGGAACAAGGAACACAACUCACAAAAUAUUUGGAUGAAGGAAGAUCAUUGGAGAAAAAAAAUUAUGAAAAGAUCACAGCAGUAAAAGGCCAUUCUGAACAUCGCUGCAAAAUAUGUGGCAUUACAUUCAUAGAUGAAGUUUUGCUUAAGGGCCAUCUACUGACCCACUCUGUGGUCCAGACCUUCAUCUGUAAGAUUUGUGAUGCAGGUUUUACCAAUGAGGAGGCUCUUAAAAACCAUCUCUGGUCACAUGGCAAGGAAUACCCAUAUGUGUGUGGAAGGUGUGGCGACCUUUUUUCCAACCCCACACAGCUUGUGGAACACUGUCAGACCCUGCAUGAUAUAGACAAUCCACCUGCGGUUCAGCCUCCUGCAGUUAGAGACAAUCAGCCAUAUACUACUACGACUAGCAAAAAUCUUAGAACUGCAACUUCUUGUAGUGACGAGCAAUCGUCUGCAGGUGCUCCCAACCAGUUGCCUGCAAUGACUGAAAAAGGAAAUCAAGCAUUUGCAUCUGUUAGUAAUAGCAACCAGGCACCUUCAUGUAGCAUCAAUUCAGUAUCUCGUGCAAACAGCAACCACGCACCAGCCUGUAACAAUAGCCAGCAAUUUACAAAAAGCCUGCAACAACCACAAUUUACAUCUGAAGCUAAUGUGGCACAUAGUGCAAACAGUGAUAUGUUAACUGUACCUUGCACUGAUUGUGAAGUGAAAACAGCUGAUACCUGUUUGGGUGACAAUGUAAACAUUUGCUUUUCAACAGAACCUGGUCAAUAUGUCAAUAAAGAGAUUGCGGUGACAUCAGGUUACUUUUAUGCAGCUACUGACAUUGCAAACCAAACCGAACAAGAGCAAUUUAACACUGACAAAGACAUUUCAAAAUCCAAUGUUAUAACAGAACAUGGUUCUGAGAAGGAAGUCGAACAUAUGGAGAGUGUUAGUAUCGGUGUUACUGUACCUACAGAAGAAGAAAGCCUCACUAAUAAAGUUUUCACUAGCAAAAACAACCAACAUGAAGAAAUCACUGUAAAUGUUAUUAACACAGAUUUUACUGUGGUGGAAAAUGAAUGAGAUGUAGAGACUACCCAUGACAGUUGAACAAAAUCAUGAUUGCCAACAAUGAACUGUUUCAAAUUUGUUUUCUGGUUAACAAAACACAUAUAUGUGCUUAAAAGAAGAACAAAACAUAUAUUAAUGAUAGUAUUAAUACAAGGCCUUUAUUUAUGUCUCAACUCUGACAGCAUCUUUGGCGCAAUUUUAAUUUUAUUUGGGUAAAAUGAGUUUUUUAUUGACAAUAUAUUGGUUCAAUUCAUUUGAAGCACAAAUGUUUUUCUUCAAAUUUCUUAAUGGAGGCUUUUGAUUUAGGAAUAACAUUGUUACAUGGAUGACGUUGUUACAAGUUAUCAUUAUGACAUAUUUAACAUGAAAUCAAUUUUAAUAGGUAUUGAAAUAUUGUUAUUUUUUAAAGUUAAUUUUCAUGCACACCGUGAAUAAUUCUUGCAUGCAGAUUGAGUGCUAUUUCUUGACAUUCUGUUACUUAUAACAUUUCAUGUUUGUUAUCUUUGUAAGCACCGCGAUAUUCUAUGAUUAUGUGAGGUCAUGUCCUAUUUUUUGUGUGUUCAUGCAGUUUCAAAUCAAUGAAGUGUGCUAGUGCUUCUUGAAGCCCGCUGCAGGGGGAUUGAGCAAGAUUGCACCUAAGUGCUCAAAAAAUAUGUAUCAAUUCUUACAUAUUUACAUUUUAUCUGUCUGUUUUAAAUAUUUUGAAUGAAAGUCAUUAAGCAUUUCCCAUUGGUUAACUGACAUCAUGCUUUUCCAAUCAGAGUGCAGAAGUAAAAUAAACAAUGAGGUCAUAACACCAUGCAGUCAUUUCAAACAAGAUAAUUUUGGGCCAAAGGAAAUAUAUGACCUAUUAAAGUAGCUGUGUUUAGUUUUUGCACAAAUGUUUAAAAACUUACUUAGUAUUUUGUUGCAAUAUUGCAAGUUUAUUUUAAACUGCUGCUUUCAGCUGGUUUACAUUUUCGGCUAUUUUCUACAAAUUCAUUUGUGAAAGGUUUGAAGUUAAACACAUUCGUUCUCAUAAAUCGCCAUUAAUGUAAUGAAAGAAACAUUUAAGCUUGUUUUACUUUAUUUAUUUUUGUAUGUUGACCUUAUAUGAAUCUCUUUAACAAAAUUGAAGACAAUGAAAUAUUAGUGUUUUUCUAGUUGACUGUAUAUGCUUGAAUGCCAAUUCAACUGUAUAGUUGCAUAAAUAACUGCUAAUACA